GCUGAAAUUACAACGAUUGUGUUGAUAAGUUACAGUAUGUUAAAGAUUUUGUGUUGAAGCCUCACAGACAAACGCCUCAGGUCUUAAAGGGUUAAUGUACCCUGUCUUAAAUACUGUCAGAGGAAGCAAAUGUGUAAUAAAACAAAAGUCAAAGUCACCAAAACAUGUCUACUAUUUUGCUUUUAUGUGGACUUCUUUCUAGAUUUUUUCAUUCUAGUUCUAGGUACUUUCUUUCUAUCCUGAAGCCACAUUUCCUGCUAUUGUCCGCCAGAUACAAGUGACUGCUCAAUCUGUCGCACUCUCUACUGCACACACACACACAAGCGUGCACGCUGUCCCCUCCUUCCUCACAGCUUUCAGUGAAAGGCUUGCAUUACCAGAAAGUUACUGGAGGGGAUGAUACGACCGAGCAACUGUAUCCUCUCUGAAAAGGAAAGUUAGGGGUGUGAUUAGGUUGAGAGGAAAAAAAAAAACUUCUCACAUGAGAGGAAGUGCAUGAUACAGAAAAGUCAGGGGAGCUCGCCAUGCCAAGCAGAGUGGCUGCGUAACUCCCUUUGUCUGUCAGCACACAGACAGACUCUGCACCUCCUCUGUCAGAGCAGGAGCGCUCUACUUUCUGCCUCCCGGACUGACUGGACUUCUGUGGGAGCAGGGAGGGACGCCCGCUUGAAUGUCAUCACCUAAGACUGUGAAUGUGAUCAUCAGUGAUCGAGUGUCAUCACCUGUCCCUCGGAAGCAGCCCAUGGACCUAAGUCUGAGCCACAGGUUGCUGCUUCCAGGACCAGAUUCUGGGAUUCUGGCCCCUCACCCUCAUUUCUUCCUGGGACCCUUUAACCCUCAGCAUUGUUCUCAGUUUUCUCAACCACCAAUGCAGUUCAAUGCUGAACGAAAGAUGGAGGACAAACCAGAAGAGCAGCCAAUGCGAAAAAGUAAAAAUGAGCAGAGUGCUGUAGCCAGUUCGUUUGUGAAAAGAAAACUUCGAGACCAUAUUAUUAUGAAGAACCAUGAGAGGGUCACUCCUAACCACCCCAGCCCUCCCCCAGGAUACGGGUCCCCAAAGACUCAGCCGGCCCCCUGUGACCAGCGUCAGGACCUGGCCCUUCGAAGAACAGUGUCAGAGCCCACACUCAAGUGGAAGUUGAAAAAACUCAUCUCCACGAGACCGAACCCUCUUCAGCGCAAGAUCAGUGCUCCUGCUUCUGUCAGGCAUAAGACAGAAACUCUGGACUCAUCCCCGAGCAGCUGCAGCAGCUCCUCUGCAUCCGGGUGCAGCUCACCAAAUGACCCCCUGUAUGACAUCGGCUCCAUCCCACCGGCGCAUGAGCCUCAAAGAAAGCUGUUGAAAAAUGGAGGCGUGGCGCCCGGCUCUCUACCCAUCAGCCCCACCACCAUGCCCAACAUCACAGCUGGACUUCCAGCACAGGCUGACUUGCACAUAAGAAAACAAAUGGCUCUCCCACCUGUGUACCUGGAGGGAGGCAGUCCAGCUCUGCUUCAGCGCUUGCAGCCAUUGAUCAUAUUUGACCGCGCCGGGUUUGUCCACUCCCAGCUCGUCUCUCUUCAUGGCCUGAGCUCCAUUGCUCACCAGCAUCCUCCUCACCUGGCCUCCCCCUCCAAAGAGGGCCUGGUCACUCUACCCUCUCACCAAACUGUGAAGCGGACGUAUUCGGAGCCGCUGCCGCACAGCCACUCAACCCUGCCCCCCCGCUCGUCCCUCCACCAGCACAUUCAGCAGCAGGAGUACCAAAAGAAUGGACUGGAUCGGUUCAAACUGAGUUCUCACUUCAUGAAGAAAUGCAGCAACAGACCAGACCUCCACGAGGAGGACAUGGACCUGGAGAGCGGUACGGGAUCGGGAACGGGGUCGGCCUGCAGCUCAGAACCGGGCUCGCUGUGUGACGACGGUCGCCGCCGGAGGCAAAGCAGCACCAGCACUGACUCCGUUUGUGACACAGAAUCCAACACCUCCUCCAGAGACAGCCUGAUCGAGUCUUCCCUUUCCCCCAGUCAGAGACAGCUGAACGUCAGAGCAGGUCUCCAGCCGGACACACUGACCGUACCAACCGCCUCCUGGCACCAGCCGGUGUUCCGGACCCGCUCCUUGCCGCCCUCCACGUCGCUGCUCUCCACCUCACAGUCGCUUGCAACCGUGCCGUCUCUGACGUUGUCCAACCCCGGCUCAGACGUGAAGCUACGCUUCACUACAGGUUUAGCGUAUGAUUCUCAGAUGCAGAGGCACCAGUGCUCAUGCGGAGACAACAGCCGCCACCCUGAGCACGCGGGCAGGAUUCAGAGCGUCUGGUCCAGGCUGAACGAAAGAGGGCUGAAAAACCAGUGUGAGUGCAUCCAGAGCAGAAAGGCCACAGUGGAGGAGCUGCAAUCGGUUCAUUCAGAGAAACAUGUGCAUUUGUUUGGCAACAACUCGCUCAGCCGCCUCAAGCAGGACAACCACAAACUCACCGGGCCUCAGCCUCUUUUCGUCUUACUUCCAUGUGGAGGGGUUGGGGUGGACAUUGACACGGUGUGGAACGAGCAUCACACUGCAGCUGCAUCUCGCAUCGCUGCAGGCUGUGUGGUAGACCUGGCGCUGAAGGUGGCACAGAGAGAGCUAAGGAAUGGUUUUGCAGUGGUGAGGCCCCCAGGUCACCAUGCUGCCCAUUCCUCCCCUCUGGGCUUCUGUUUCUUUAACUCCGUGGCUAUCGCUGCCAAGCAGCUCCAGAGCAAGCUCAACGUCAGCAAAAUCCUCAUAGUAGACUGGGAUGUUCACCAUGGUAACGGCACCCAGGAGGCCUUCUACAAUGACCCAAGUGUCCUCUACAUCUCUCUGCAUCGCUACGAUGAUGGAAACUUCUUUCCUGGUAGUGGAAAUCCCAAUGAGGUGGGUUCAGGUGAAGGAAAAGGCUUCAACGUGAACGUCGGAUGGAUGGGAGGGUUGAACCCUCCGAUGGGCGACGCAGAAUACCUGGCUGCGUUUAGAGCUGUGGUGAUGCCCAUCGCACACGAGUUCUCCCCUGAAGUUGUGCUGGUGUCCGCUGGCUUCGACGCCGUGGAGGGGCAUUCCGCCGCGCUGGGAGGCUACAAGGUUACCGCCAAAUGUUUUGGCUUCCUGACUCGUCAGCUGAUGUCACUAGCCGGGGGCAGAGUGGUCCUGGCUCUGGAGGGGGGGCACGACCUCAAAGCCAUCUGUGACGCCUCUGAAGCCUGUGUCAGCGCCCUGUUGGGCAUGGAGGUGGAGCCCCUGUCCCAGUCUGUGCUGGACCAGAAGCCCUGUGACAAUGCAGUCCGCUCCCUGCAGAGGGUCAUCCAGGUUCAGGGUGAGUUCUGGCAGAGUGUGAGGGAUUCGGCUGCCACCGUGGAUCUGUCCUACCUGCAGGCGCAGAGACAAAGACUCCGGCGGGACUCGGACAGUGAGGCUGUCAGCGCCAUCGCCUCCCUGUCCAUGGGAUCGCUCACAUCUGAGAAGGAAACGGCAGGAAAAAAAGGGGGAGAAAAGUGAUUCUCUCUGGAAACACACACACAGUUAUGCAUUUGGAUCAUCACUGGAAGCAGAUCUCACCUUGGACAGAACUUGUAUCGCUGCUGACGGCAGUCCGACCUUUUGAUUCUUGCACACACUGCAGACCAGCGUUCAUUUAGUCAAAAAUGCCCUAAAAACAACAACGGAAGAGCCUUUCAGUGUUUGGAAGCACCUGGCGUAACAAAGAUGAGAGAACUGGGCAAUAUUCCUGACUCCUGCAGGACCUUCUUAGGGCCUUUUAACUUUGAAGGUUUAGACGUAGACGGGUGAAGGAGAGCUGGCAUGCUCCGUACGCUUAAGAUAAGUCAGAUGAGGAAAAUUCAAUGAAGGAAAAAUGUCUUCUGAUCCUCUUGCACUGUAUUAUUUUGGAUACUAGAAAAGCACGUUGACAACCAAACGUCUUGUUUGUUCAUGGUUUUGCUUCGUUUGAACAUCAGUUUGACCUGUGGCGCUCAUUUCUGGGAAUGUCAGCGUGAGAUAUUUUAAAGAAACCAGAAAUUCAAAGUGAAGCUACAAUGGAGUCUGUGAUACAUGUGUUUCAUAUUGUUUUCUGUGUCCACAUAUUUUCUUCUUUUUUUUUGUUGGCAUGUCAGGCAAGCAUAUGCAGCACGGCUUUAGAAAGCUGCACUUAUUGACAGACGGAAGAAGACGCCAUGUUUCUUCUGUAUUUAAAUAUACUGUAGUUGUAGCCAUGAAGAGCUGAUACCUCUGGAGGGGGGUCAUGGUAUCCAGGGAUGCAGACAUUUUUGCACCCAAUGUGAUGUGACCCCUCGUGAUGCUACAGAUCACAUUUUGGGGUGACUUUAAAAUCUUAAAAAGUGCACUUAAACAGCCCUCCGACACGAGGGUCCGGAAUCUCAAACUCGUGUAAAGCGGACCAGUGUUUCCUCCUGUGGAUGAGCAUUCCUGCUGUAUUGGAUCUUUGUCUUUUUUACGUCUCAAAUCCUUGAUUUGUCAGCUCAGUAGUGAAGUACCGGUAGCUGGAUGUUCAGUCAGGGAUGUCUGCAUGGUGCAUUUAGACACAGGUUAAGCGCAACCAAAGUUUACAGCGUGCUGUUUCUGGACAAGCAAAGACUUCAAAGACUUUGUGAAUUUUUUAUAUCCAAACAGUCAAAAAGCACCAAAUGCAGAGACGUAUAAACAGAUUCAUAUGACGUGACGUGUAUUUAUACUUUCUUUGAAGUGCUCUCUGCGUGUCUAACACAGCUAUGAUGGUGCUAAUACAGUAUGUUUGCUUUCCUUUCUGUUUAGCUCUGUCCUGAUGCUGCGUCCUGCAUGCAACCAAAGUCUGUCCGGAGUUUGUUCAUGUUAUGAGAAUGUGAAAACAUCGAGGCAGCAGCUGUGCAUCAGCUUUGAUGGCCCGACAAGCCGAUUGUAGCUUUAAAUAGUUUGCCACGACAACAACCUGACAAACCGUAAUGUCUUAACUUUUUGUCUUAAUUGAUGGAAAAUAAACUAUUUUUGUAAUUGAGCCAUAAAAAACUGUAUUUAUCUAAAGACCAAAUUAACAGAAGAAUGAUCCUUUUUUUAACCUGUGAGAGGCUUAACACUGUUGUUACUGACGUUUAUUCUGUACAGAUGCUGACAGAUCGUCUGCUUUUUCUUGAUUGUUUCUAUACAGAAUUCUCAAAUAAAAGUAAAUUAUAUAUUUGAGUGA